AUGAGUCUCGUAGAACAAGCUAAGAAAGUAGCUGCUUAUCAAGCAGUUGAUGAAAAUUUCCCUGAAUCUGCCAAAGUUGUAGGAAUUGGGUCCGGAAGUACCGUAGUUUACGUAGCUGAAAGAAUUGGUCAAUUAAAGAAUAAAGAUAGUUUUAUUUGUAUACCUACCGGAUUUCAAUCAACUCAAUUGAUCAUUGAUAAUGGUUUGAAAUUAGGUACUAUUGAACAAUAUCCUGAUUUAGAUAUCGCUUUUGAUGGAGCUGAUGAAUGUGAUCCUGAAUUAAAUUUAAUUAAAGGUGGAGGUGCUUGUUUAUUUCAAGAGAAAUUAGUUGCUUUAUCCGCUAAAAAAUUCAUUGUAGUUGCUGAUUAUAGAAAGAAAUCACCUAAAUAUUUGGGUAUUCAAUGGAGAAAAGGGGUACCAAUUGAAGUUGUUCCAAAUUCUUGGGUCAAAGUAUCUCAAGAAUUGAAGAAAUUAGGGGCUAAAUCAAUUGAUUUGAGAUCGGGUGGUAGUGCUAAAGCUGGUCCUGUAAUUACUGAUAAUAAUAAUUUCUUAAUUGAUGCUGAUUUUGGAGAAAUUGCUGAUCCUGUAAAAUUGCAUGAACAAAUUAAGUUAUUAGUAGGAGUUGUUGAAACUGGAUUAUUCUGUAAAAUGGCCGAUAAAGCUUAUUUUGGUGAAGAAGAUGGUAAAGUUAGUAGCAUUUAA